AUGCCACGACCGCAAUGGCAUGCGCCAUGGAAGCUGAUGAGAGUGAUCUCUGGACAUUUGGGUUGGGUUCGCUGUGUCGCCUUCGAGCCAGACAAUCAGUGGUUCGUUACUGGCGCUGGUGAUCGAACGUUGAAGCUAUGGGAUUUGGCUUCAGGAGAGUUGAAGAUCACGUUGACGGGUCACAUCAGCCCUGUCCGUGGUGUUGUGGUAAGUGAUCGUCAUCCGUAUAUGUUCUCAGUAGGCGAAGACAAGCUUGUCAAGUGUUGGGAUUUGGAAUGCAACAAAGUUAUUCGUCAUUACCAUGGACAUCUAAGCGGUGUUUACUGCUGUUCACUUCAUCCAACUUUGGACGUCCUAUGCACUGGCGGUCGAGACUCAUCAGUGCGAGUGUGGGACAUCCGAACAAAGAAUCAAAUUUUCUGCCUCUCUGGGCACAAGGACACAGUCGCAAGUCUCCUCACACAGGGAGUUGAUCCUCAGAUCAUCUCCGGCUCUCACGAUUCCACCGUCAAGCUGUGGGACCUGGCGGCUGGAAAGGCCUACGCGACCCUCACGCAUCACAAGAAAGGCGUGCGAGCUCUUGCGCUGCAUCCAAACAAAUAUCUCUUUGCAUCUGGAUCUGCGGACAACUUGAAGCAGUGGAAGUGCCCUGAGGGCGUUUUCAUGAAGAACGUCGACCAAACGCCUUAUCGAGCUGUGGUGAACUGUAUGGCGGUGAAUCACGACGACGUCAUGGUUGCGGGAUACGAUAAUGGAUCGAUCCGUUUCAUGGACUGGAAGACUGGUUACAAUUUUCACACUGAACAGACGCGGGUUCAGCCUGGAUCGUUGGAGGCAGAAGCAGGCAUCUUCGACUGCUGCUUCGACAAGACCGGAACUCGUCUGAUCACAUGCGAAGCCGACAAGACAAUAAAAGUCUGGAAGGAGGACGAAAAUGCCACCCCGGAAACACAUCCCAUUGAGUGGAAGGCUGUGGCACCAGGGACUGAGAAGAGAUGGUAA